CAUCAUGGUUGAUCCUCCUAAAGCCUUGAUGUGCAGACUGCAGUGCAUGAAUUCUUUGGAAACUAUUGAAUUUCAGCCCCAGUGUGGUUUCUUUGAAUCUCUGCAAAAGUACUGCAUUGGGUCAAUUAUUGGACUAAUUGUCUUGUGCUAUGAAAUACAAGAACUGUUAGGAAAUUCAGGAUAUUCACGAGGUGACUAG